UUUUCUUUCCACCGCCAUUUUUCUUAAAGAAACGUUGCCGCGUUUUGUACGUGAUGUGAUCUCGCCAGUAGUAAAUAACACAUGUCCGAUUUAUUCUUACGCACGCUUGUCGUUCGGAGUGUGAUUUAUAUAUAUAUUUGUUUUUUGUUAAGUUAAUUAUACGAGGACUUUGGUAAUCUUUCAGAAUGGAUUUUCUAGAGUACCCGGAUAUUUUCGCCGAGGUUAAGGGCGCUAUGACUCCGGGCAGAUUAAAGUUGACCGACCAACAUUUAAUCUUUAAGAAUCAGAAGACAGGAAAAGUUGAACAGAUCUCCGCCUCCGACAUGGAGAUGGUGAACUAUCAGAAGUUUAUUGGAACUUGGGGCCUGCGUAUUUUUUUAAAAAAUGGUACUCUUCAUCGAUUCAAAGGUUUCAAAGAAUCGGAUCAGGAAAAGAUUGCCAAAUUCUUUUCUAUUAAUUAUAAGAAGGAUAUGUUGGAAAAGGAGCUUAGCUUAAAGGGCUGGAAUUGGGGAACUGCAAAAUUUAAUGGAUCUGUUCUGAGCUUCGAUGUUGGUCAUCAUACCGCUUUUGAAAUACCUCUGUACGAUGUGUCACAAUGUAAUACGGGAAAGAAUGAAGUAACAUUGGAGUUUCAUCAGAAUGAUGAUGCACCAGUCAGUCUGAUGGAGAUGAGGUUUCACAUUCCCGUUAGUGACAGUGCUGAUCAAGAUCCUGUCGAGGCAUUCCAUCAGCAGGUGAUGGAGAAAGCAUCUGUGAUUAGUGUGAGUGGCGAUGCAAUUGCCAUAUUCAAGGAGAUUCACUGUUUAACACCGCGAGGACGUUAUGACAUCAAGAUCUUUCAGACAUUCUUUCAACUGCAUGGCAAAACUUUCGAUUACAAAAUUCCUAUGUCUACUGUUCUUAGACUUUUCUUACUUCCUCAUAAAGAUAGUCGGCAGAUGUUCUUCGUUGUGAGCUUGGAUCCUCCAAUAAAACAAGGUCAAACACGGUAUCAUUAUUUGGUACUCUUGUUCAAUCAAGAAGAAGAAACUUCUAUCGAGUUACCAUUCACCGAGAAAGAACUAAAGGAAAAGUACGAAGAUAAGUUAACUAAGGAAUUAUCAGGACCAACGUAUGAAGUACUCGGCAAGGUGAUGAAGGUAAUCAUUAAUCGAAAAUUGACCGGUCCUGGACAUUUCACUGGUCACACCGGAACGCCCGCUAUUGGCUGCUCUUUCAAGGCUGCGGCAGGAUAUCUAUACCCGCUCGAGCGAGGUUUUAUUUACGUACAUAAACCUCCGAUACAUAUUCGUUUUGAAGAAAUAGCUUCAGUGAAUUUUGCGCGUGGCGGUGGUUCCACUAGGUCUUUCGAUUUUGAAAUCGAGCUUACGAGCGGCGUAGUGCACACAUUUAGCAGCAUCGAAAAAGAAGAGUACGGUAAAUUAUUCGAUUUUAUCACUGCGAAGAAACUGCGCGUCAAGAAUCGUGGCAAGAGUGACAAGCUUAAUUACGAUGAAGAUUUCGGUGACAGCGAUCAAGAAGAUGAACCGGAUGCUUAUUUGGCACGAGUCAAGGCGGAAGCACAAGAACGCGAUGGUGAAGAGAAUCAAGAUUCUGAAGAAGGCUCGACCGAUGAGGACUUUAAUCCGAACCAAGAUGAAAGUGAUGUUGCAGAGGAAUAUGAUAGUAAUCCGAAUAGCUCUGACAGUGAAGACGAUUCAGAUGCCUCUGCGGCUAGUCGCAAGAAAGAAAAGAAAGAGAAGAAGGAGAAAAAAUCCAAAUCCGCAAAAACGGUAUCGGAGAAACCACGAAAACAGAGAAAGCCAAAGAAGGAAAAGGACGCGAAUAAACCGAAAAGGCCCCCGACGGCGUUUAUGCUGUGGCUGAAUAGCGCGCGCGAUAGUAUCAAGGCGGAGAAUCCGGGAAUGACCAUGACGGAAAUCGCGAAAAAGGGAGGUGAGAUGUGGCGCGAGCUGAAGGAUAAGUCUGAAUGGGAAGCGAAGGCGGCCAAAGCUAAAAAGGAGUACGCUACGUCGAUGAAGGAAUACGAAGCGAGUGGUGGAGGUAAGACGAAGGAAAAGAAGACAGAGAGGAAGAAGAAGGAGACGAAGAAAGACUCGCCUGGCAAGCAAAUGAGCGGGUCUUCUUUCAAGAGCAAGGAAUACAUUAGCGAUGACGAUAGUAGUAGCGACGAGAGCAAGAAGUCCGAAAAGAAACGCUCCGAUAACGAUAGCGAAGAUGAGAAGGAUAAGAAGAAAAAAAGUGAAAAGAGGCCCGCAGAGAAUAGUGGAAAGAAAACGGUGAAGAAAGGGAAGCGAGAUCAGUCGGAUGAGAGUGACGCGGAAGAACCCAUAGAAAGUACUCCGCCUUCGUCCGAUGCAGAGUCGAAAAGUGAUUAAUGCUAAAAAAUUCGAACGGACAUUCCUCUUUUCGUCAAUUUAUUUGUGCCACUGGUUUUUACUUAGCGGUCUACAUUUGUACAUUCUGUCACCGUCAAAAUUUUUUUAUUAAUAUAAGAGGAUAUGAAUUCUUUUUAUAUUCAUAUAAUCAUAAGGGAAUGAGCAUUAAAAAAAUAGAUCAGUAUUAGAAAGUUACAUACGUAUAUUAAAUGUUUAUAUAUGUAACUUUGUAAUAUCACAUAGUAGUGUUGAUAAUAUUAAUAUCUGAAUGCUAUGAAAAAUAACAUUUUAUUCGCUCGUUAAGUGUUUUUGCUCUGCUUUCUUUUUUAAAUUUCCUUUUCUUCUAUUGUAAUGAAAAGGAUAUGUAAAGAGAGAAUUCUAUUUUUGCUAUUUACUAUUACAAUUCUACAGAUUAUUUAUGUCCAGUACUGCAUAAUUUACAGAUUCGUCGUUCGUUUAAUUUUGUCGAAGUAUAGGUCUUUCAAAAAAAAACCAAAUAUUUAAUAAAAAGUUGUAGAAAUUACAGAAUUAAAUUUGCUAUUAAAUG